AUGGUGCUGGAGCUCAAUGGCGCAAACAGAUCUCAAAUGGACAACUCAGAGAUCAUCCAGGAGACAGGCCCCAUCAGAAAAGAUUCAGGCUUUUCAUCGGAAACUCUGAAGGAUGAACUGACUCCUUUGUGUUCAGUUGCUUUCCCUGGAGAUGCUGAUGAUGACAAGAUUGUGGGAGGCUACAACUGCCCACAGCAUUCAGUUCCCUACCAGGUGUCCCUGAAUGCUGGGUAUCACUUUUGUGGAGGGUCCCUCAUCAACAGCCAGUGGAUCGUGUCAGCUGCUCACUGCUACUUAUCCCGUAUACAAGUGAGGCUGGGAGAGUACAACAUUGAUGUGCAGGAAGACAGUGAAGUAGUCCGGAGUUCUUCAGUAAUCAUUCGCCAUCCUAACUACAGUUCAAGAACCCUUGAUAAUGACAUUAUGUUGAUCAAGCUGGCAUCCGCCGUGGACUACAGUGCCGAUGUUCAACCCAUAGCCCUGCCCACCUCUUGUGCCAAGGCAGGGACCGAGUGCCUGAUUUCGGGGUGGGGAAACACACUGAGCAGUGGCACCAAUUACCCUGAACUUCUCCAGUGCCUGCAAGCGCCAAUUCUGAGUGACCAAGAGUGCCAAGAUGCUUACCCGGGUGAAAUCACCAGCAACAUGAUCUGCGUAGGAUUCCUGCAGGGUGGGAAAGACUCAUGCCAGGGUGACUCAGGUGGACCAGUUGCGUGCAACGGAGAACUCCAGGGCAUUGUGUCAUGGGGAAUUGGGUGUGCUCUGAAAGGUUAUCCCGGUGUCUACACCAAGGUCUGCAAUUAUGUUGAUUGGAUCCAAGAGACCAUUGCAGCCUACUGAUACCCUGACAACCACCUGGCUCCUUGGCCACUACCUUCCUGCCCUAAUACUUUCCUUAAGAAGA